CUCAUGACAAAAUAUUCAUGAACUUUCAGGUGAUGCAAGCUCUUCUUCAGAAUGUGAAAAGGGGCACAAUCCUUCUUCCAACACUGACAUUUUAGCGGUUACGGGUAGUGGAACUGGAAAUGAAACAGAUAGAGUUAAAACUUGCAGCGAGCAGCGAUUUCCUCUUCCAGGAGAACCUUCUUGUGUGGUAUGUGGGAAGUAUGGGGAGUAUAUAUGUGAUGAGACUGAUGAGGACAUAUGCAGUAUGGAUUGCAAAAUUGAGCACCUGCAAAAUCUUAAACUCCAGCAGGGGCCCUUGAGUAGCCAAGUCCAAGCUGCGUCUUUUUCUGGACAAAAGUGCAAACUGGAAGUUCCUGAAUCUGGAGGUGACACCUGGGAUUAUGACCGUCAUCGGUGGUCCAUGAAGAGAUCUGCUUUUUGUACUUAUGAGUGUUGGAAAUGUCAGAGGCCAGGUCAUCUUCCUGAAGAUUGUUUGGUCACAGCAUCAAAAAAUCAACGCCUUUCCUUUGGUCAAGCUGGUGAAUCCAGUGAUCAGGUGGAAGUGGCUCAAAGUAAAUCCAUUAUACCCAAAGAGCUUCUGCCACUGUAUAAAAGGUGCCAGCAAAUUGGAAAAAGCGCAUUGGACGCUAACUGUAAUACCUGCCGCAGGUCAACUACUUUAGCCAUGUGUCUUGAUUGUAGUAAUACCUUUUGUGACAGUGCAGGUCACCUGAGAGAACAUAUCACUGGACAUCCCUCUCACAGACAAUAUUACUCCUACAAGCUCAAGCGCUUGGUUAAAUGCUGCAAAUCUACGUGCAAAGUGAGAGACAUCAAGGAUCUUUUAGCUUGUCACUAUUGUUUUGAUAAGGCUUUCGACAAAUUCUAUGACAUGUAUUCUGCAACUUGGAAAGCAGCUGGACUUUCAAUUAUCUGCAAUUCCAUUUGCUGUGAGGAUCACUUUGAAUGGCACAGGAUAAAUUGCUUGAGUGCAGGUGUAGAAGACAGUGCCUACAUUGUACAGAAACAUCCUGCAAGUAAGAACUAUGUAUUGAGCAACUUCAUCUUCUGAAAGAGUUGAUGCGAGAUGAUGUUUCCUUUGCGGAGCAGUAUGAGUUGGUGCUGAAGUUGCUAAGCCAUUUUUCAUCGUCGCAGUUUAAUGUUUUCUGAUACUUUUUGAGCUGCUGUCUGAUAAACGAGUUAGCUCUCUGACAAUACUAAAUUCAGACGCAGAAGAGCAUUCUGGCUAAGCAAAGCUGGAAAAAGAAGUUGCUAUUAUCAGUUGCAAGGCAACAUUUCUGAAAUUUUGUUGUGUGCUGAGGUGCCGGUGACCAUUGUAUACUCAUGGAAAUCUGAAGAUGGGGGAGAUAAUUAUGAGUUCCUUGAGUUGCCAUCUCGUUCACUAUAGAAUUAAUUUAUAUAUAGAGACAACAUAAAAUGUUUUAAUGCUGAUAAUGUAUUUUAACCUUUUAUGGUAGGUAAAAUGUUUUAUUUCUCAAAUUGU